AUGGCCAACAAGAAGGUAGACGACAACGAGGAGUCAGAAUGCAACAUCCUAGCUUUAUGUGAAUUUUCCAUAUUGGAUGGCAUCCUUCUACAAAAGAAAUUAUGCAGGAGCUGGGACAAAAUUUGGGACUUCCAAGCCAAACCUGAUGACCUGAUCAUUGCAUCGUAUCCCAAAUCAGGGUUUGGGUUUGUAGACUUCAACAAUGAAGAAGAUGCUAAAGCCACCAAGGAGGCCAUGGAGGAUGGGGAAAUUGAUGGAAACAAAGUUACCUUGGACUGGGCCAAGCCUAAGGGCGAAGGCGGCUUCGGGGGACGAGGUCUGGAUCAGGCUAACAAAAUGCCGUCUCCUAGAACUCUGAAGACUCACCUGCCUGUUCAGCUGGUACCACCUUCCAUCUGGAAGGAAAAUGCAAAGAUUAUCUACGUGGCUAGAAAUGCCAAGGACUGUCUGGUGUCCUACUAUCAUUUCUCCAAAAUGUUUAGGAUGGUGCCUGACCCUGGGACAUGGGAGGAGUAUAUUGAGACAUUCAAAGCUGGAAAAGUGCCGUGGGGCUCCUGGUACGACCAUGUGAAGGGAUGGUGGGAUGCAAAAGACAAGCACCGCAUUCUCUACCUCUUCUACGAGGACAUGAAGGAGGACUCAAAGAGGGAAAUUCAGAAAAUACUGAAGUUCCUGGGAAAACAAAUACCAGAAGACAUGCUGAAUAAGAUUUUCUAUCACACUUCCUUCAAUAUCAUGAAACAAAAUCCAAUGGCCAACUAUACCAGCUUGCCUGCCAACCUCAUGGAUCACUCCAUCUCCCCUUUCAUGAGGAAAGGGAUGCCUGGAGACUGGAAGAACCAUUUUACUGUUGCCCAGAAUGAAGAAUUUGACAAGGACUACAAGAAGAAGAUGGCAGGGAGCACCCUGACCUUCCGCACAGAGAUCUGA